GAAAUGGGGGCCAUGGGAUGGGGUGGAGCCGAGAGUGGGCCUUGGGCCCUGGGAAACCUUUUUGAAUAGAGUAAAACGCUCAAAGGGAUGGCCUGGGGCAGGCAGAGCUGCUCAGACAGAGGGUGCGCCCUGGAGCUUGAAGCCCCCACACUGGGGCCUGUCAGGUCCUGGAGGCCCCAACCUCCCCUUCACGCAUUAGGCCCCUACAGUCUCACUGAACCCUGGUUCCUGGGCCACAGAGGAGGGCCCUCUGGGGAUGGUUUCCAGCCCUUUCCCACUCUCAGAUGAGAUGAUCCCCUACACCCGCUCACCCCGGGCCGGGCCUCUGCUGGAUGACAAUGAACUGAUCUGAUUAAACUCCAGGAGGGUUCAAGGCACGGAAGUGCCCUUACAGCCAUCCUUCCCAACUGUCCUCCCCUUCGCUGUGAUUGUGGGGGCCUCUCUGACAGGAAGGGGACCUCCCACUUGUGGGUCUUAAGUCCCUUCGGGGUGAGAUACAGUUGUAGCCAAAGAGGAGAUGGAGGCAAGGACUUAGGGAAAGCAGAAAUUUAACCCUCAAGCCUCAUUCCCUGGCCACCCAGAGCCCCCAGAGCCCAGCCCCAUCUACCUCUGUCUGAUGCCCCCACAGCUCAGAAGCCUGCAUGCCCAGCCCAGGGGGAAGAGGACAGCAGAGGCAUGAGGGCUGGUGCAUGGAGCACACUCAGUGCCGCCUGGGGUCAGGGCAAGGGCCACAAGGCUAAAGUCUCCAGGAGGUUUCUCUGAGGCAGCGGGACCCAGCCCAGUCCCAAAGCAAGGACCACCCAGCGCACAGAGCUGUGAGGGCCCACCCCAGCUGAGCGUCUCUCUUGGCUGGGGUUUUGUGCCCUGGUUUUCCAGCUCCCAAAAGCAGGGCGGAAGGACGUGAGCAGGUGGAGAUGUGACAUCCACACACUGAGGAAACUGACUAUUGAGCUGUAAGUCGUCUUUGCUUUCUUCCUUUUCCAGAAAAAUUAUCUGGAGAGUUGAGGUGAGAAGACCCGAGGAUGAUGUUGGAAAGUGCAGAGAAGAGCCCUGCCCCUCUGACUUAUCUCAGCAAAGUUGGUGCCCAGCCCAGCUCAGAAAGUAUUGGGACAGGUCCCAGACGCCCCGAGGACAUAAGGAAUGGGCCCCAGGUGUGCACGUGGGACGCUGAAGGACAGAGACACCGGGUGGAGGAAAAUGGCCACACACCCACUGGUGUGUGCGUGGUGUAGGGGGCCAGGAUGUGGAAGGGGCAGUUUCCGGGGCCUUGGGGCCAUGAGACUGGGGUCUGUCUUUGGGCAUCUGCAUACAUAUGUGCUCCUGAAGCUGUCUGUCUGUCAGCCCAAGGAUAUUGCCCCUAAGAUGGGGGCUGUGUCUGCCCUUCCUCUCCUGGCCCCGCCGUCUGCGCCUCUGUGCACACACAUGUGCUAUAGGCCAUGUGGACGUGUCGGACUGCAAGUGACCAGGGAUCUUGCGUACGCACCCCGAGGGGGUACCGGCCCCUGGUGUGGCCUUGCACGCGCACGUGUGCAGUGGCGUGCGCACGUGGCCACAUCCGGGCGUGCUCAGGUUACUGGGCCUGUGUGGGCCUCUCGUCCCUCCUUCUCCCCAGUGAGAUGAAGUCCCUGCUUUUCUCCGCUUUACACCCCAGACAACCUGACCUCUUGCUCGAGGCAGGAUUGAGGGGAGGGCUGUGCUGCCCCUCCCCCAUGCCUUGAGCCCUCCUUCCAUUUCCUGUUUGCCUCCUUUUUGGCAGUUUUUCCCAUUUUUGCCAUCUGGCCUGGCACUGUGCCCAUUCAGCUCCACUGACGGGCAGCCCAGGGAAGCAAGCGGUUGGGGUGGGGACCAGGGCAGGGGCCUGGCAGCUCUCAACACUCAGCUUGGGCCAUUCUGUGCGAGUCUGUGGUAAAGGGGUGGUUUUUUGACAAAUAAGCCCGAGGGCUUCUCCCCUUUGGAAUGGAGUAAUGAAGUAUCACCUUUUGCUCUCCGGAAGGAUUCCUAGCUCUCUGCCUUCAAGUAGGUGCACCUAAUACGUUUUGGCCGGUUUAACAGUGUAACUUUGUUGAGGAAAGACUUGGGAUUCUUGGAAAUUAAUUAGUCAUUCACUCAGUCAGCGUCCACUAUGUGCCCCUAGUUGCAAGACGCUAUUGAUUCUCCAAGUAAAGGUUCAGAAUGGUAAGUGUUACUGUAAUCAUGGAGUAAACUCUUCUUGAAAUUUUAAUGCAUGCUGUUCCCAAACAAGCCUUUUAAAAGGGACGCAGCCUUUCACUGAGUUAUACGUGUGGGCAAGAUGGUCAGGAGUGUGAGAGGAGGUGGUUCACAGGCUCUCUCUCUUGCCUUCCAAGAUGGCCCGCAUUCUGCCUAUAGAGUGUGUAUUUGCCUUUACUUUAACACCCCCCUACCUCUCUAAAUAAAUACACUUUUGCUCAACAACAAAAAAAAAAAAAGUGGCUCGCUGACUGGAGUAAUACAAGAAAUAUAACUGGAUUACAGGCUGGGCAGACAUGGGGGGAGGGCGGUCUCCUGCCAGUCAGCUAGUGGAUCUCACAAGGGCCAGCUGAGUAGAGACUGAAGUGAAUUUAGAAGUAAAGCAGUGGAAGGUGUGGCCCCCACACCAGGACCUUACCAUCUAGUUCAGGAAACAGAACAAAUACAAGUGACACAAACUGAGGAGUUCACAGCAGCAAAGUGAGGGCUUCGACAGGAAGGGGAAAUCCUCAGGGGGGGCAUAUCUGUGUGUGUGUGAAAGGGAGAUGAGUCUGUGUGACCAGGGAGAAAGAAGAAAGUAGGUUAUUAAAAGUAUAUGUCUGAAUUGGACAAAGGAGGAAGUAAAACAGUUCACCUCUGGGCACAGAUUUCACACAGGCAGCUGUAAAAGCUAGGUGCUCGGAACCACAUCCAGCUCACAGCCACCCACCCACUCUUGUUGGAAGCAGCUUGGACUUUGGAGUCGGGACGUCCUGGGUUUGAGUCCUGACUUCACUCCUCACUGGCUGAGCUCAAGUGAAAAUCAGGAGAAACACCUACCUGGAAGGGCUAUCGGAAGGAUCUGAGCUGGCGCACAUGAAACACCCUGGGAGACGGUCUCCAUUGCCCAUGAAGCUGUGACCAAAGGCAUCCCACUCCUGGAGGCCGUCUGCCCUGCAGCCACAGCCCACACUCCCAUGCCCUGCGUCUGCUUGCUCUGGGACUGUCUCUGCGCAGCCUCCAGGCCCCCGCCCUGGAGAAUGGAGAUGAACGCCUGGAUAGGACGCUGGUGCGCCCCAUGAUGCCCCCAGCCUAGCUCCUCCUCGCACUUUGGCACGAUGCUGGCCAACUCCUUAGCCAACACUUCUAUCAAUGACUCUGUUAACAAGUGCCCGGACCACCAGCCCAUCCACCACCUGCACUUGGUGGUCUACAGCGUGGUGCUGGCCGCAGGGCUCCCCCUCAACGCGCUGGCCCUCUGGGUCUUCCUGCGCGCGCUGCGCGUGCACUCGGUGGUGAGCGUGUACAUGUGCAACCUGGCGGCCAGUGACCUGCUCUUCACCCUCUCGCUGCCCUUGCGCCUCUCGUACUACGCGCGGCACUACUGGCCCUUCUCAGAACUCCUGUGCCAGUUAGCUGGGGCCGUCUUCCAGAUGAACAUGUACGGCAGCUGCAUCUUCCUGACCCUCAUCAACGUGGACCGCUACGCCGCCAUCGUGCACCCGCUGCGGCUGCGCCACCUGCGGCGGCCCCGCGUGGCGCGGCUGCUCUGCCUGGGGGUCUGGGCGCUCAUCCUGGUGUUCGCCGUGCCCACCGUCCUCGUGCACCGGCCCUCGUCCUGCACCCGCGACGACCAUUCUGUGCGCCUGUGCUUCGAGAGCUUCAGCGACGAGCUGUGGAAGGGCAAGCUGCUGCCGCUCGUGCUGCUGGCCGAGGCGCUGGGCUUCCUGCUGCCCCUGGCGGCCGUCGUCUACUCGUCGGGCCGCGUCUUCUGGACGCUGGCGCGGCCCGACGCCACGCAGAGCCGGCGGCGGCGGAAGACGGUGCGCCUCCUGCUGGCCAACCUGGUCAUCUUCCUGCUGUGCUUCGUGCCCUACAACGCCACGCUGGCCGUCUACGGGCUGCUGCGCGGCCACGUGGUGCUUGCCAGCCCAGAGGCCCGCAGCCGGGUGCGCCGGGUGCUCAUGGUGCUGGUGCUGCUGGCCGGCGCCAACUGCGUGCUCGAUCCGCUGGUGUACUACUUCAGCGCCGAGGGUUUCCGCAACACCCUGCGCGGCCUCAGCACUCCGCUCCGGGACAGGACCUUGGCCGCCAACGGGGCUCGGGGAGCGCUCGCCGAACCGUCCACUGAGACCUCGCAUGCUACCACAACUGCCGCCGGCAGUCAGGGGCUGCUUGGGCCCUCCAACCCCAGGUCGUCCUUCCUCCAGUGCCAGGACCCCGAGGAUUCGUCCCUCUGAAAGCACGUCGUGCCAAAGCGUGGCCAUCCCACUCCCAGUCCCGCGCCCCUCUCACUCGCAGACGUGCUGGGCGGUGGGUUGGGCACUUGGACUUCUGGGCGGCAGCUCCAGCUCACAAAGUGUGAGAGCAGGAGAGAGCAAAGUGUGGGAACCAGGGACACAGGGAAGGAAGAAAGCUGCUGGAAGUGUCUUCUUUGAAUCGGGGGUGAAGGUGAGCACGGAAGGACUCCUUCCCCAGUCCUUAGGAAGUGCUGCUGUGAGCCUGCCAAUGCAGAGGGGGGAGACU